AUGGGAAUAUAUCUUAGUACCCCUAAAACCGAGAAAUUUUCUGAAGAUGGUGGAAACGAAAGACUUAGAUUCGGAUUGUCAUCUAUGCAAGGAUGGCGCGCCUCCAUGGAAGAUGCUGUGAGUUGUAAUUUGAGCUUCUCAUUCAUUUCAUGUCUUUUCUUCUAAGAUAUAGGAGGACCAUAUCGACCUGUUGGUGUCGUGUUCUGUUUCGGAAACAGAAGGCACGGGCACAUCUGUUCGAAUCAAAAGAACAAAGUCUAAGAUCACCAAGAAGGAAAGCUAAGAGAGUUUUCCGGGAAUAUACCAGACGAUUAAGAUAAUAGAGCUUAAAAUGAGACUAUGAACAUCAAUGCUUCAUGAAAUCUUCACUUCCACAAUAUUUUUCCCAAAUCUAUCUUUUUAUCAUCCUUCACCUCAACAUAUGACCCCAUCUGAAACCAGAUAAUAGAGAGCAUCAUAGGAUAGUAAUUAAACAGUUGAAACCAUCACAAUGACAUCCUUAAACUCUUGUUCGUCAAGGCUCGGAUGACCACCACAUGGAAACUUUAUGGUAUUUGUCUGCUUAAGAUAUCACUUGAAUCUUCUGGGAACCUGAAUCUCAUCCUUUCAAGGUUUUCAACACUGAAUAUGUGCCCAGCAACCUCUGAAUACUUGGAUUAUAGUCAUGUUAUUCUAUAAGUGAAAUAGGAGCAAUCUGAAAUUUUAUUUAAAUACAGAGAAGAGAAUACCAGAACUUGGACCAUGCUUUGUUACUUUUUUAAAAACUGUAGAUGCAUUUCCAUAGGCUCUGAGAUAAACGCUUCUUGGUUUGAAGAAUUGGUCUCUAGGGAUACUCAUUCUAUAAACCCAUUCGCUGUUAUGGACAACAUUGACACUGUUUCUUAUUGUAUGGGCUCAUGUAUCCACUUACAGGUGGGUAAGGCAUGCUUGCAAGUAAUCUAUGUAUUAAUGCUGCCUAUUCCUGACAUUUAGACAAUACCAGGGUGGGAACAAAUAACUAUUCAGUGAGCAAUGAAAUCCUACCCUUGAGACCUGGUAUUUGGGUUUUGCUGAAAUUGGACAACGCGGAUAUAAUUUCUUCCUUUCUUAAUGAAUUUCCUUCCUUUUCUUGACCCUGAGGUACAACAGAAAAGGGAUAAAAGGUGCUUUCGAACCUCCUUUAUGUUUUGGCUAGUGUUGUCUCCAGGUGGUGUUGACAAUCGAAUUGAUCACCCCUGAUGUGCACAUGAGAAUAUUUUUUUAAUAAAGAAUCAACGAACUUCUGUCAUUUUUUUCUUCUCAUUUAUCCCUUGUGUUGCCUGUUUGAAGUUAUGCAUUUUUUAUGAUAGUAAAAAGCAUAAUGACUGGGGUAGAUGUAAAAAGCUCCUGAUGUAUAUUUAUGCUACAAAUGUAAAUGGUUGUGUGUGCAUUUCUGUUACGUAGGUCAUGUAGCUGUUUGUGAGUGUUGUAUGAGGCCAUCCUGCAGGUUAUAGUGUCAUGUGGCAUAAUAUUUUGAUAAUUUUUUGUCUAUUUGUGCACCGAAGCGCUCAAAAGAUGGUUACUAAUUUGAUGAUAGUAUCCGUGUAUUCCAUAUUUGCAAGUUUCCUGGGUCAUUUCUAUAACUUCUUGCAUCUGAUUCUCAUUUGUUUUUAUUUUUCUUCUUUUUCUCAGCAUGCUGCCUUGCCUGAUUUAGACAAUUGCACUUCAUUUUUUGGUGUUUAUGACGGACACGGAGGUACCAGCCAUUGCCAUUAUCCUGUUGAAUUUUGUAUUCUUUCGUUUUGAUUGGAAUUAAUUAAAUCUCUUUCCCAAACCACAAACUUAUUUUUCUUACUGGCUGCUAUAUUUAGUUAUGUCCUUUAUGACUUUCUGGUAUCUUCAUGGUUCUUUAAAAAAUUGCAAAUGCUCGGAUAAAAUUGUAUUUUUUCUCUUCAGAAAACAGCAAUUUACGAAUGUACUAUUUGUCUUUUAAUGUAUUUCAGUUCAAUGUGAAAAUUAUCUCUUCAGGGUUGUAAUCACUAUCUACAUUUGUUUUCUGAUAAUUUAGUUUACGGUCACAGUAGGAACAUAAUGAAAUAUCUGAACACUCAAGUAUGCCAUAGCGAAAAGGAGACGUCAAGAAAUCAAUGCGAAUAUGUUAAAAUGUUCAAUCUGCUAUUAUGGAGAUUACACUUUGGGGAGCUAAUGGAUCGUUUCAUGUGUUUGACAAAUCAAUAUUUAGUCAGUUUUAAUCCAAAUCCUCAUCUAACUACAAGAAAACCUAAGUGAUCUGACCAGCAUGCGAAUUUCGUUGAUAAAAGUUCAUGCAUAUUUUGUAUGGAAAGAUUAAUUAUACAUUAUAUCCAUCUGUCUCUGUCUCUCUCUCCACUCCCUCCCCAUUUUAAUAUAUGCUGGCGCGAUUUUAUUCCAGCCGGAUACAAGAAAGAGAGGAAAAGAGAAGAAGUGGGAGAAUAGGGAAUAGAGGAGAAUAAGGAAGGAAGGAAAUAGGAUAAAUGAGAAAAUGUGUUAUUAAGCACUUUUCUUAGAAAGGGACUAGAUCUCAUUCGAACAGGUGACAGUGCCAGAAGGCUAGAUGACAACAGUGAUUUGUGUCCAAAGGGACUUAGAUCACAUUCGACUAAAAUCAAGGAAGAAGAGAGGAAAAGUGGGGAGAAGUUGUAUUUCUUGAGAAAAAGUCAAACAAGGAUAUGCUUAUCUGGACCAGAGAAUAAUAUGUAAUGGAUCCUGUCAAGAAACAGGCAUGUUUAGAAGAAAGACAAUUUACGUCCAAUUCCUUCAGACCAACACAAAGUGUUGAAGAGCCAUUAUUGUAAUUAAUAAAGAUAUUGGAUAGAUGGCUCAAUGCCUGUGGUCUCAUUCAGGUCAGAAACAGUUGUUCUUUAUCGCUACAUCGAGGUUUGAUGCUAUUAGAUCGUCAUAACUUUACUUGCUGCUGUAUAAAUUUUCACUGAAAAAAAUCCAAAACAUAUCAUUUCAAUGAUGAGUCUAGUUGUCAUUAAUAAUCAUGUUACGUUUGCAGAGAAAACUGUUAGAAAGUUCUAUGCAUUAUGUACGUUCUUCUUUGAGAAGUCUUAUUAUUGGUAUUGACUAAUUAUGUUGCUUUUGCAGGUAAAGUUGUUGCAAAGUUCUGUGCAAAAUUCCUGCACGUUCAAGUUCUCAAGAAUGAGGCCAACUCGGCUGGUGAUUUGGGUACCUCUGUUCAGAAGGCUUUCUUCAGGUUUAUUUUUGCUUUGCUCAUUGUUGUUGUGGUUUUUAUCGAUUUUAGAACAACGUGCCACAACUACGCUUAUUUGCAUGAUGAUAGUUGACUGGAAGACUUAUCAAUCAAAGAUCAAUAGUUAACUGAGCCCCCUACAUUCUUCCAUUAUUUUUGUGUUCUUUUUUUGUGAAUUGAACAAGAGAGCAUAUAGUUAUUUCACAAAAUUUUUGUAAAUUUUACAGUCUCGCAAAACUUUUACAAAUUUUGGAAUUGCCUAUUUAAACUUCCUUCUUCCGUAAAAAAUCUGACUGGGGUAAAAAAAGAAAAGAAAAAGAAAGGCGAAUUGGUGAAUUAUAUCCUCCCUGAAGCAAACCCCUUCAAAACAUGAAAACAUUCAGUCAAUGUUAUUUCUUUUGUCACAGAAUGGAUGAAAUGAUGCGGGGACAGAGAGGCUGGAGAGAAUUAGCUGUCUUGGGAGAUAAAAUAAACAAGUGGACUGGCAUGAUAGAAGGCUUAAUAUGGUCCCCAAGGGGUGGAGAGUCUCGUGAGCAAGUUGAAGACUGGGCUUUCGAGGAGGUAUUUUUUAUUGUGUGUAUUUAUGCUAUGUAUGCCUUAUUUUUCUUUCUGUUUCUUUACCUUAGUUGUCAACGAGCUUAAAUCUUUCUGAUUGAUCCUCUCAGUGUAUGACUAUGUGAUUCAUAAGCCGUUUAGGAAAAAAACCUGCCUUUUCAGUGCUACAUUUCUGAAAAUCUUGAAUAGCGAACUUCGUUUGGAUGGGCUGUAUCAUUAAAUUUUCGCUUCUCGUGGUAGGGUCUAACUUAUACUCAAUCAGAAACUGGCUAAAAGGGAUUGAUUUAAAUAUGAAUAAUUAAACUUUACUAGUUUGUGACUGAUGCCAUAUCAAACUGAUUAUUAUGAUGUUCAACGAUUUCAAUGUAAAAGACAGUAGAAGAGACAACUUGAACAGUAAAACAUAAGGACUUCCUUUUGGAGACGAAAUCUGCUUCUAACACUGGCACUGCUAACACAGCCUAUGCAUGUGGGGUGAUCUUGCACCCCGUACCGGAGGCCAAAUCCUACAUAUGGUUCUAAGAAAACAGUGAGAAAGCUUUAGUCAAUGUUGGCAGAAAGUUGGCGCAACAAAGCUGCUCUCAUUUGCUUCUCAAAUUUUAAUUUCUCCCUCUUCUCUCUUUCUUUUCCUUUUCCUUCUAUGUUUCUUCCAUGGAGGAACUUCCACCUAAAAGCUCCACCUUCAGUGAACUGUAUCACCUCCACUUCAUGGAACGUGCUUGAGUUUGUCCAAACUACCAUGGUUUUCGGGGAUCCAGCUUGGAUCUCGAUUCUGAGUUGGCUAAAACUUUUGGAUACAGGAGAUUAAUUCAUCAAAUAUUGGAUUACUACAUUUUAUUUUUAUCAUUUUUGGACCUAAAACGGUUAAAAUUUUGUAAAUAGGGUAUUUCCACCCGAAUUUGUUUUUCGGUCUCUUGAUCUUUUGGGGUUAACUGUAAGGCAGUGUCACCACGAAGUAAUAGUAUCUUAAAAAAUACAGAAUUUAUUAUCAAAUCAAUUGUUGUUUGUUGUGAAGCUUUGGUCAGUGAUGCUUGGUUACCUAAAAAACCUCAAAUCUUCUUUGAUGAGGGAAAAAAUUCUCAUCCAUUGAGUAAGUUUCCACUCAAGAGUAGCUUUCAAUGGUAACAGUUUAUAUAUUAUUUAUCUUUAUAGUAAUAAUGUUAACUUUCUACAGUUGUUAUCUUUGAAAAAAAGCUUUUGGCACGUGAUUAAACCACUUUUGAGAUUUUUAAAAAUUUGAUGACAAAAAUUCCCAUCUGUUACUGCUAUUUUCUUAUCUUUGUAGUUUGUGAUCAGGGACCCCACUCUGAUUUUGCUGGACCCACAUCCGGUUGUACAGCAUGUGUAGCUCUCAUUAGGAACAAUCAAUUGAUUGUUGCAAAUGCUGGUGACUCUCGCUGUGUGAUCUCAAGGAAGGGUCAGGUAAAUCUUGACUGUAAACUAUCAUAGUGAGUUCUGGUGAACAUUCAUCAGGUACUCCAAUGUUUUUCGGUUUUUUUUUCUCAGGCAUACAACCUGUCAAGAGAUCACAAGCCAGAUCUUGAGGCUGAAAGAGAGAGAAUUCUUAAGGCCGGUGGUUUCAUCCAUGCAGGACGAGUCAAUGGAAGUUUAAACUUAGCAAGAGCUAUCGGUAAUUUGAUCAUGCCACUCGUCAACUUGGAGUUUGUUUUCAUAACGGAAAAUAAUGAAUUGAAUUUUUCUGGGUUUCAGGUGACAUGGAAUUUAAGCAGAACAAGUUUUUGCCUGCUGACAAGCAAAUUGUGACUGCUAAUCCUGACAUAAAUAUUGUGAGUACUGAAGGACUGUUUCAGUUACUAUUUUGACGUUUUCCACCUUUGGGCUUCUUACUAUUUUAUGCUUGUGGCCAUUACAGGUUGAACUCUGUGAUGAUGAUGAGUUCAUUGUUCUAGCAUGUGAUGGAAUUUGGUAAGUUUAAUUCAGGGUGUUUCAAGUUUUAUUGCUUGUGUGCUAAAAAGAUGAGUUGAUUAAAUGUGUCAUCCUCUUGAAAUUAUCACCUAUACUAUCCGAAUGUAUCAUCCGCACAUAAUUAUCUCCUAUUAUGUCCAAAGGAGUUAUUAGAUUUUUGGUAUUUUAUUUACUCAAAAGAGUAUUAUUUAGAGUUACGUUAAUCUAACUGGUGUGAUCACCUAUACUAGUUUGGAAUCUACAAGGUUAUUGAUCAGUUCGUUCUGAUGAGCAUAACAUACAGCAACUGGUAUUGCUAAUUACUGAUACAUUAAUGGUUAAAUUUAAUUUCUUCUGACUGAACUCAAAAUAUCUAGUAACCUGAAACUAUUCGAAAAAUAAUUCCGUUUGAAAUUCAGUUUCUUGAAAUGGAUAAGGUGGUUGGCAUAUGAAAUUCCGUCUUGGCAGCUUUUCAUCGUUGAACUUAUGGCCAUUUAGAGAUCUCACCGGAGUGCUGCAAAUUCUGAUACCGUGUUAAACAUCCAACCUCUAUUUAAAAAUUGGCCGGCCGGAUAAUGCUUAGCUUUAAUUUAAGGAAACAUUUGUGACAAGAUCUAGUGGUGUAGUUGAUAAAAUAACUGUAAUUUCUUUUAGAUUUUAUUUUUUAAAGUUAAAAAUGUAAACAAAUCUUUAAAGGGAAGACUUAAAGGGUAUGUUAAUAUGGAAAAAUGGUUGUCAUGAAUCUUGGGCACAACUUAGUCCCGCAUCUACUGGAAAUGCCCAAAUUUAAGACCUUGCUUGCUCAGAGGUUACAAUUCUUGGGAACCAGCCAUAAGAUACUGGCUUAAUAUACUUUUCUUGUGUGAUAUUUGAUAACCUUCGCCUUAUGUCCUACUCUUGUGGUGGGUGGCGGAGAGUGGUUGACAUCCCUGAUCUUUCAAAUUUCAUGUCCUCUUCCUUAUUUUCAGCCGAUUCCCUCAUGUCCUUCAUGCCAUCCUCUGCAUCAUCUCUCACCGCAGAACCUGGCCUAAGUGCUUUAAAUGAUACUAUUUUAUUGGUUUUUUUUAAUGUUUAUAUAAAAUAAUUAUAUGUUGAUAUUUACGUAGGGUGUUCAUAAACUGAUAAAGCAACAUUCGGAGAAUAUAAUUCGAUAAAAUAAUAGCAUAGUAAUUUAUAUUGCAUAGUUCAGUGAUUAUUGCUAAAUUUCUGUUGUAAACGUUUAUAAAAGAAAACCGGUCAUGGGCUCAAACUAGAAGCCCAUGCCCGUUGGGUCCUCCAGGACUCUUGAAGAAUGAUUUUGAUUAUUUUGAUUUCAUUGUCAAAAAGCAUUGAUAGCGUUCUGAUUAACUUUUCAACAUAGAUGGCAUCAUUUGUUUCUCUCAUGCAGUAAUGUUUUCUCGACCGCAGUCCACUUUGGCUCAGUGAAUAAACUCUGUCGAUAUCUUUUCUGUUCUUCAGGGACUGUAUGACAAGCCAGCAACUCGUCGACUUCAUACACGAGCACAUAAACGUGGUAUGCAACGCAUCCCAUCCAUUCAAUUGCCAUUUUUGUCCAUUCAACCGAUUCUUUUUACUGGUCCAUCCGGGUAGGCCAAUCCGGCGAUGCUGUCCCUUGAUUCUGUCUGGAUCAUGAUGGUCACUGCUGAUCUUGUUCUAUUCUGGCCACUGUGCUUGCCGACAGGCCCCAAUGUAGUCUUCAAGGCUCUCUGAUGGGAUGAUUACCAUUGGAUAUAUAUUUAUGGAAAUGGUUCCGAGUCUCCUAGUUUUGGAAAUAGCACCCCUCCUCCAAUGGCCCGACUGAUUCUUCCGGGUUCUCUCUGAAUGUUCCUCUCUCUUGGGGCUUUUUCUGUGGACGCAGGAGAGCAGUCUCUCUUCAGUGUGCGAGAGAGUGUUAGACAGGUGCCUGGCCCCUUCAACGGCCACUGGAGAGGGCUGCGACAACAUGACCAUGAUCCUGGUGCAGUUCAAGAAGCCUCAUCUCAACAGGAACUCCAGUGGAGUCGAGCCGCCACUGCCGCCACUGCUGCCAGCCCAACCUGAUCCAGCCGACGGUCCACAGUGA